GAUAAAUGGAGCCCUCCCUUGUUGUUACACGACAUGGGCCCCCUUCCGCUAGUUUGGAUCGAGUUUGUUGUUGUGAUUGUGUUCUUUGUUUGACUCAUAUUUGAUCUCGAGUUGAUGUUAAAGUAAAGAGACAGACAUGUUACUGGAUGGUUCCUUCGCUUGCUGACAGUCCAGCAGAGAGAGGUUGAGGUUUGAGAACAACGAAUUGGGACGAGACAGGAAGUCGUACUGCUGAGGAAGAGACAGGAGGCGGGAACUGCUAAACUGAAUGACUGCCGUGUUAUCGUAGUACGAGUUGUGUCUGCAGCGCAGUGUCCAUUUGUUCUUGUUUUAACAUCGGGGAAGUUAAGCUGAUAUCAUCCAUAGUUGGAGCAGGCCAGGCAUGAGUGGUGCACACCUGGACGAAUGGCAGAGGAGGUCCUUUGACAUUUCAUCUGGCAACUGUACACCUGAACAGACGGCAGAUGCGUACCGGGCCCACAUCCUCUCCAUUCAGUAUGCAUGGGCAAGCUCCCAGCUCUCACAGGCCGGCAUGGCCAGCCUGCUUAGGACCUACUCGGAGCGCUAUGCUGCGGUGCUGGACUCUGAUGACCCCCGCACGGGGCUCAACAACUACGCAGAGAGCGCUCUGCAUCUGGCCCGCAGUCAGAGGAAUCACAGCGAUAAAUGGGAGUCGUCUCUGACCAUGGAGAGUGUGCUGGAGCUGCCCUGCGUGCAGAAGAUGAUACAGGCACAGACAGGGGGAGGAGGAGGAGGAGGAGGCUCCCUUGUGGAACCAGCAGAUGUUAACAUAUCUGUGGGACCAGAGAGCAGAGGCAGCUCCCUGUCAGCUCCCUUUUCUGUAGUCAGGUCAGACGAUGCAUUAUUGAAACCUAUAGGACCAACACAGGCUAAAACAGAGUUUAACAGUGGCAGUACUCCUGCUAAUACUUAUGCAGAGAAGCCAAGAGGAUCUGAGGGAAUCUCAGCCAAUCCAAACUCAUUCUCUCGACCUUCAGCUCGACCACAGUCUGUGUUUAGUUCUUCCUCUUCAGUCCUUCCACAGGGAAACCCUGGCCCUGCAGGUGGCACACAAAACUACCAGUCCUCCUUCUUCUCUACCUCAAAUCCAUCUAAGCGGAAGAAUUUUUACAACCCAGAUGGAGGGGAUGUUGGUAGGGGCUCACACGGAGGUCAAGCAACCACUGACCUGCGACCUGGAGGCAACUUUAAAACGGCUCGCGAGCAGUUCAUCGUUGAUCAACAGAAGAAAAAUUCCCAUCAGCCACAGAGAGGCCAGGCCCCUGGGAUGGCUGCAGCUGUGAAAAAAUCUCUGGGUGCUAACAGGCCUCGAGGUACAUUUUCAAAAUUUGUGUCACCUAUUCCUCGACAGGAGGAGGAGGAAGGAGGGGCGAGCCGUAAUUCCAAUACUGAGCCUCAGAUCCUGGAUGAGCGUCUGAAAAACUUUGAGCCAAAGAUAGUCGAGCUGAUCAUGAGUGAGAUCAUGGACCACGGGCCUCCUGUGGCCUGGGAUGACAUCGCAGGUCUGGAGUUUGCCAAGACCACCAUAAAGGAGAUAGUGGUUUGGCCCAUGCUGCGGCCUGACAUCUUUACUGGCCUCAGGGGUCCGCCCAAAGGCAUCCUGUUGUUUGGACCCCCAGGAACAGGAAAAACUCUGAUAGGAAAAUGUAUCGCAUGUCAAUCAGGCGCCACCUUCUUCAGCAUCAGUGCCUCAUCGCUCACAUCAAAGUGGGUUGGUGAAGGAGAAAAAAUGGUUCGGGCCUUGUUUGCCAUCGCCCGCUGCCACCAGCCCGCUGUCAUUUUCAUUGAUGAAAUUGACUCCCUGCUGUCCCAGCGGACAGACGGGGAGCACGACUCAUCACGCAGGAUAAAGACAGAGUUCUUGGUUCAGCUGGACGGAGCAGCCACAGCAGCGGAGGAUCGCAUCCUAGUGGUUGGUGCCACCAAUCGGCCUCAGGAGAUAGACGAAGCUGCCCGGCGGCGCCUGGCAAAGAGGUUAUACAUCCCCCUGCCUGAAGCAGCCGCCCGAUGGCAGAUCGUGACAAACCUCAUGGCUCGGGAAAAGAACCAACUGAUCGAGCCUGAGCUGGGCAGCGUGGUGUCAGCUACUGAGGGCUUCUCCGGCGCUGAUAUGACUCAGCUGUGUCGAGAGGCAGCGCUGGGGCCCAUCCGAAGCAUCCAGCUCAGCGACAUCGCCACCAUCACCGCUGACCAAGUGCGACCAAUCCUCUACUGUGAUUUCCAGGAGGCCCUGAAGACGGUUCGACCCAGUGUCUCAUCAAAAGAUUUGGAGCUGUAUGAAGACUGGAACAAGACUUUUGGAUGUGGUCGUUAAAACUUUGACCCCUCAUUCUCAUUGUCCUCUACCUCUGUUAAAGUUCUGAAUGUUGUUUUGAAUGGGGAUGAGAGAAAGUUGGACAACAAAAUCCAACAAAAUCCAGAUAUUUAAAUCCAGUGGCAUGAAAUUGAGCAGUUUUUUUUCACUUCCUCUAAGCUCAACUGACCAUUUAAUCUCUUUACAUCCAGUCUGAUUUCUUUUGCUAUCCAUGAACAUUUACUACUCACAUUCAGCCUGCUGUAACAGGAAAGAAAGAUAUAACCACAAUUUGCUUUAGAGUGAUGAAGCAUAAUUCAUGAAAAUGUCUGAAACUUGUUCUUAUUCCCAUUCUUUGCUCUGAUCUAUGUAAGCAUUGGGCCCCAUGUAAUGUUUGUAAACUGUUCUAAAAGAGACAGGGCUCUCUGUUCAUACAGUUGUUUGCAUCCUUUUUUUAAUAAUUUCGAGGUUGAACAUUCAGCAGAGACAUGUUCACAUUAAUCGCUUAUGUUAAGACUUCACUUAUUUUGGGUCAGUUUCAAUUAAUUACAUUUACAAAAUUGUAUUUUUAUUCCUGAAUGAAAUAUAAUAAAAUGUUGCAAAGUAAAGUUUGUUACUGUCUCAGAGUUGAAACAAAGCAGUAGUAAGUAGAGCCUGACAUAUAUGGGUUGGCCGAUAAUAUUGGUCGAUAUGAGCCUUUCACAGUCACAUUGGUGUGAGUGUUUAUGUUUGCUGAUACCUGCUGAUAUGAACUUAUUUUACACAAUAAACUAUGCAGAAAAGAUGUGUAUUCAUGUUUAUAUUGUAUUUAUUUAUAAUGAAAUGUGUAUUUAAACUAUUAAAAGUACAGUCUCAAUCACAUUUCUUUGUCAUAAAACUUUGAACAACAACCACAUAUAUUGGUAUCAAAAACGUUCACUCUCUAAUAUCAGUAUUGGCAUCAUCCCCCCAGAAGUUCACACUUGAUCCUUCUCCCCUCUGAUUCCACAGAGGGCAGUGUGGCCACUGUUUUAUUUGCGUGUUUUUCCUCAGGUCUCAUUGUGCUGAAAUCUCCCCUGAGGCUGGGUGUGCCAAUCAUGUCCAUGGAAGUUGGGCAACACACAGAGAGUAUCCUGGGUGUCAUG